AUGUCGAACAAGCGUGGGAUUGAUGAUCAAGCGGGGUUUUCGUGCGCGCCUCAGGGCCCACAGCUCCUAGUACCAGCGUCGCAGGGGCUGUCAAAUACUAAAGCAGUUCUGGUGCCAUCCCCAACCGUUCAUCCGCAAGAAACAACUACGGAGAGAAACUACAUGAUUCUAACGCCACUAACCACUGCCACAUCGACAGGAAACCUGCUGUCAAGCUCUCCGGCUGCUGCAUUUAAUGCAUGGACCAGUGGUGACUGUGCUCAAGAGCUCUGA